AUGAUUAUAAGCAGCAGGAGAAGCAGAACAGACAAUAAAUCGCAUUAUGUGGCGAGGAAUCGGAAUUCUUCUUCUGUGGCGAGGAAUCGGAAUUCUUCUUCUGAUGACAAUAGUACGGCGAUGAUAAGAAACAGCAGCGUUAAGUCGCCUUGGCUUAUGCUCCCCCCCUCAGUGCAAUGCGGCAACAUGUUGUAUAAUUUCUACAAUUUGGCAGAACCCAAAAUAGAGAGAUUAAGAUCAACAUUGGAAGUAGACGAUGACGUGAUGAUACCAAAUUGGUGGGUACGCAUAAACCUUCCAUCCCUCCUCACCUUGCCCGAUCCCCAAAUUAACUGCUGUGGGAUUGUAUCCAAGCUCAUACUCUCCUGCUCCCCCGACCACGACCUAGAUCAAUGUCGUGCCAUGAUGAUUUUUGGGCCCCUUAACAGGCUGGCUUUCUGCCAGCCCGGCCGCAGCACCCACUGGACCCCCAUCGGCCAUUUGUAUUGGAGUAAGAAAUUUUAUUGGGAGGUCCACGACCACGACGACGGCUUGUUUGCCAGGCAGUACACCGAUUGCGUCUAUUCCACCACACACAAACUCUUCUUCUGUUUUGUCAUGUGGAAAUUGGAGUGUAUUCCACCACACACAAACUCUUCUUCUGUUUUGUCAUGUGGAAAUUGGAGUGUUGGGAUCUUCAGGACCUUGAGUGCCCCAGGAUUUGUUGGUCAGAGACUGUACAUUAUAUGGUUGGGGUUGCUAGUGAAGAAGAGACGAUGGCCCUCUCUUUUACCACUGGGGGAUAUCCGGAUGUGA